GACGUCACGAAAACAAUAACGUGUGGCGCUAUCUCAUUGAAAUCACAGACAAGGCUCUAUUAUGACUUGGUUGACAUAAUAACCGAAGAAACAGUAGUUCGGGCUAGCCAGUGGAAGAAGUUGAAUAUAUCUGGACGGGAUAUAAUUUAACUGGUGAGAUCCCCACAGUGAUGGCAGCUUCUUUACCUCAGAAGCCAGGUAUGGCCGGGAUGCCCCCUCAGCAGCAGGCUCAUAUGCCCUCCACGGCCCCUCCAGCUCCGGGUCAGCCGCCCAUGCCCCCUCAGGGAGCCCUCAGAGAGAUCUCCCCUGUGUUCCUCUGUCGCAUCGGCCAGGAGACAGUGCAGGACAUUGUCACUCGUACCAUGGAAAUCUUCCAGAUCACACGAGCCACACAGCUUCCUAAUGGCGUGACCCAGAGCCAGGCAAUGUACCAGGACCGAUUUGGGAAGCUCCAGGAGCAUCUAAGACAGCUCGCCCUGCUGUUCCGAAAACUCCGUCUACUCUAUGAACGCUGUGUGGAGAUGACCUCCGACCUGCAGGAAGGGCCAGCAGAGCUUGUGCCGUAUGUCAGCGAGGAGCUGCUUUCUGUCAAAGUGGAACCUUGUAACCCAGCCGUCAUCCAGGAAAGAAAAGAAGUCCUCGAGAAGGUACGUCAGAAGAACCAGGAGAUGAAAAUUCUGAUGGACCAAAUGAGGAACCUGUUGUGGGACGUCAACGCCAUGCUGACGCUCAGGAAAUGAUUCUCUCGUCUCUUUUUAAGAGAUGCAUUCGUCCUAGAGACUGCACCGUGGAGUGAAGUCCAGAGGAAGCGAGGGGAAUAUCUGUCGGACUUCUGGUAUGGAAUAUGGAGUUCUGUCCUGUUUUUGAGGUGGCACUUGAGCACAGAAAGUCUCAUUCAGCAACCACUGGUGUUAUUUGGUGUUAGUGAAACUGCUGGGGAAAAACUACAGAAGAGAAUGCUUAAAAAGGCUAAAUUUGUGUCAGUCUCUAAUGUUUUUCUUUGUGUAUGGCAGCUGACAACCUCCUUUAAGAACACAAACUGCUCUGUUGUUGUGUCGCUCUGUUUAUACCAAACCAAUAUAUGGAAUCCUGUUCUCAUAUGGGUUAAAUAAUGAGUUGAAAUCUGUUUUGCCUCAGGUAAAAAA